GCAUUCAGGUAACUGCGGAGCCAAAACACACAAUGGAACAGAAUUCAUUAGAGGAGAAAUUUAAAUUGUUCAGCCCACGUUAUCGCUGGCAAUUUAUUUCAACCUUGAUGGUGCACAUUAUGACCUUCACACAUGGAGUCAGUGUGGGUUGGCUGUCGCCAACCUUGCGUUUGCUCAGCUCCGAGAACAGUCCACUGGGCUAUGAAAUUACUUUCGUUGAAGCCUCGUGGAUCGGUUCACUUAUGGGCUUAGGCUCCCUAGUCGGUAAUAUUGGCUUUGGAUUAUUACUCGAUCGUAUUGGUCGCAAGACAUGCAUGUAUGGGCUGGCCAUCCCCAAUAUGUGCUAUUGGAUUUUAAUCUACACGGCAGAAAGCGUGGACUAUUUGUACGCUGGACGCUUUCUAGCUGGAGUCGCAGGUGGUGGUGCCUACGUAGCUCUGCCUAUAUUUAUUUCUGAAAUUGUCGAUGACCGCAUUCGCGGUGCCUUGUCAUCCAUGGCCAUGAUGAAUGUUUGCUUCGGAACACUCAUCGGCUUUAUAAUGGCUUCGUAUCUGUCCUAUUAUCUGAUGCCGUGCAUCGUUAUAGCACUGCCCAUUAUAUAUCUAUUGGCCAUCUUUAACUUACCUGAAACGCCUAUCUACUUGAUACGAAGAGGUCGCGAUGAGAAAGCUGAGAAAUCAUAUAGAUUUUACAAGAAUCUGAAAAACAGCCCAAGCGAUCAAAACGAGUCUGAAAAGCAUGAUGAUGUUAAGAAUGAAUUCAAGCUUUAUCGGGAAAUGGUUCUGCAAGGUGGCGUACGAGAGAAAGUAACAUGGCAAGAUUUCAUAAACAAACCGACGUUGAAGGUAUUUGUUCUUAUCUUUGUUCUAAUUGUGACGAAUCAAAUGUCGGGCAGCUUUGCCAACCUCAAUUACACAUCGAAUAUAUUUGCCGAGCUCGAGAACAGACUUAAUGUGAAUACCUGCACCGUGGUGGUGGGCGUGGCACAGGUUGUGGGCAUCCUCUGUGCAGUCAUGUUGGUGGAUCGCUUUGGACGUCGCGUUCUACUGCUUACCUCGAUGGCUGGCAUGGGCUUGGGCGAGUUGGCCAUUGGUCUGUUGAAGGAUCUGAGCACAUCGGAGCUGCUGGCCGAAUUGUAUUGGCUGCCACUAACUCUUAUGUGUUGGGUGGCCUUCAUAGCGGCCGUAGGCAUGGUCUCUUUAGUAUUUACGAUCAUCAUGGAACUGCUUCCCGCGAAGAUACGCUCCAUUGGCACCUCACUCAGCAUGGCUACCUUCAGUUUCUUCAUCUUCGUGUCACUGAAAAUCUAUCCCAUCAUGAUUGCCAAUUCGGGCCUGGGCCCUACCAUGUACAUGGCCGCUAGCUUUUGUACUUUUGGUUUCAUUGUCUUGGGCCUAUUUCUGCCCGAGACCAAAGGCAAGCUGAUGACACACUAGACGAGCUCUUCCGAGCCCUUUUAUCUUACGAAAUUAAGGCAGACUGUAAUACCAAAAGGUAUCCAUCCGUCCAACGGAAAGCAGAGUCGAAUGUUUUAGUGGACUGUUUUUCUACAUCCAUGGUCGAAUACAUUCGAUACUAUGUAUCUCCUUUCUUACAAUAAGUCGCUAGGGUCCCUUUUGCAGUAGAAUGUAAUACUAACCAUAUAGUAUGGUUGUUGUUAUUAUUGUUGCCACCUAUUUACAUAAAAACGUACUAUAAAAUAAAAUUAAAAACAAAUCGGAACCAUC